GCUUCUUUCGAUUCUCUUGGUACUCGAUCGUUUGGCCUCACUGGCGAGAAACACACGUAUCCAAAUAAUCGUCAAAUGGACACAAAUGACUAGCUUAACGUUAUCUGGUAGCACGUGUGAGAUGCACCGGUCUAGAGCAAAAGGGUUCGUACCUACGAGCGCGAUCUCGGCGCAAACGUACACCCCAACGAGCGAGAACAAUCAUCUGCCGCCCCUGAAGGGUAGCACGUUGGCCCUGAAGCAGUCAGCUAGUGAAUCGUCGUCCGGUUACUUGACACGAUUCGCUCACAUGGCCGGUACUCAUCUACCGAGCUUAAGCUCCAGCUCUAACAACAGCCUUCUCAGCUUGACAGGGAACAGCGAUAGUUUGAACUUGAGCCUGAGUUCACAUACCAGCCACAACUCCAGUCAUAACUUCGGUGGUCACACCACUGCUGCUGCUGCUGCUUCUGCUGCUGCUCCUCCUCCUCCACCCUCAUUAGACACACACCACGCUCAGUCGAACAGUCAAACGAGCACAGCACUGGUGAAGAAUGGAUGCUCGAACGGAAGUUCCUGUGGCAGUAGUACACGUAAACCGACCGUCAUCGCUACACGUAAACCGAACCCUAAUCGUAAAACAAAGAACAUCGCGACACCUGAGUUCGUUUAUAAGAUCUACCUGGAGAAGUUGACCCCUUACGAGGUACAGGAGAUCCUGUGUUACCGACAGAUAUACUUCAUCGGUGCGAACGCGAAGAAAAUGCCAGGUAUGAUUGGCUGUGCUAAUAACAACAACGGCUACGACAACGAACAUGGUUCCUACAUCCACGUGAUGCACGAUCACGUGGCCUACAGGUACGAGAUGUUGAAGGUGAUAGGUAAAGGAUCGUUCGGUCAGGUGGUGAAGGCGUACGAUCAUAAGAAGCAGGAGCAUUGUGCCUUGAAGAUAGUGAGAAACGAGAAGAGGUUUUACCGUCAGGCGGAGGAAGAGGUGAAGAUAUUGAGCGAGUUGAGGAGACAGGACGAGGACGACACGAUGAAUAUCAUUCACAUGUUCGACGCGUUCAGGUUCCGUAACCACAUGUGCAUCACCUUCGAGUUACUCAGUAUUAACCUGUACGAGCUGAUCAAGAAGAACAAGUUCCAGGGCUUUAGUUUGCAGCUGGUGAAGAAGUUCGCGCACUCGCUGCUACAGUGUCUUCAUGCUCUGUACAAGAACAGGAUCAUUCAUUGCGACUUGAAGCCGGAGAAUGUUCUUUUGAAGCAACCGGGACGCAGCGGUAUCAAGGUGAUAGACUUCGGUUCGAGCUGCUACGAGGACCAACGCGUCUACACGUACAUCCAGAGCCGUUUCUAUCGCGCUCCCGAGGUGAUACUCGGCGCCAAGUACGGCAUGCCGAUCGACAUGUGGAGCCUCGGUUGCAUCCUCGUCGAAUUGGUCACCGGUUAUCCGUUGCUGCCUGGCGAAGACGAAGCCGACCAGAUGGCCCGUAUCAUCGAGCUGUUGGGUAUGCCGCCGCCUCAGUUGCUGGAGAACGCGAAACGACGUAAGCUGUUCAUCAACUCGAAGGGUUACCCGCGUUAUUGCAGCUUCGUAACGAUGUCAGACGGUUCGACCGUGUUGCACGGCGGUUACUCGAAGAAAGGGAAAGGCCGUGGACCACCUGGCUCCAGGGAUCUUCGAUAUCUGUUGAAGAAAUGCGACGAUCCUUAUUUCCUCGAUUUCAUACACAAAUGCCUGAAAUGGGAUCCGGAGCAACGGAUGACACCUGUGAAAGCGUUGAAACACGGAUGGCUACGUCGUAGGUUACCAGAGCUUCCAGAGAAGACGAACGACACCCUGCCGGCGUUGCCUGCGGCCGCCACCGCUUCGCCCACCUCCACUUCCGGUCUCCGUACCUCUGCCUCUGGUAGCAAGAGUACGAACACCAAGUCGAACACACUGCAGAUCAACAACAAAGGCAAAACGAGGUCUGAAUUGGUGUUCGACGCACUUUUCAACAACACCAUUGCAAACGCGUUGCAACGGUACGAAGACGGAAGAAGAAGAGGCCAACCGAUCAUCUUGACGAAUCAUCAACCAAGCGUCAGUAGUCACCCGUCGCUGAACUCUGUUAGUGGUGAUGCUAGUGGUGGUGGUGGUGGUGGUGGUGACGGUAGUAGCAGUAGUAGUAGUGGUGACCAACAACAACACAACAACGGUUCGCACGGAUCCCUUGGACCUCUGGGCACCCAUGGAUCUCAAGGGUCCCAUGGAUCGCAACGGUCUUAUGGAUCUCACGGGUCCCAGGAAUCCAGUAGUUCGAGCAGCAGUUGGUUCCGCGAAUAG